CACAGCAUAAAGCCCCCUUCCUCUUUCCCAGUCACCACACAGCAUCUCUGAAAUCAAGGAGCCAGAAUGACGAGCCAGUCUCAGGGAAUCCAACAGCUUUUGCAGGCUGAAAAACGUGCCAAGGACAAGCUUGAGGAAGCCAAAAAAAGAAAGGGAAAGAGACUGAAGCAAGCCAAAGAAGAAGCCACAGCAGAGAUUGACCACUACAGGCUACAAAGAGAAAAGGAUUUCAGACAUAAGCAGUCCAAUAUCAUGGGCUCUCAAGGGAACCUGUCGACAAAAAUAGAUGAAGAAACCGCAGCAAAGAUCCGGGACCUCACCAGUAACUAUCAUAAGAACAUGGAGAGUGUGAUUGGAUGCCUCUUGAAUGAGGUGUAUCACAUUGACCCUGAACUCCACGCAAAUUAUGCAUACACCAUUUAAAUCCUUCCAUGGGAAAGUUUCCAAAGCAGCAAUGCCAUCCCUACUAUUUGGCAGAGUGAAUAUUUCCAAUUCAGGUGGCAGAUUUGCGGGUACCGUUACAGGGCAGUGUGCUGUCAAUCAUUACAUUUUAAGCACUGGUGAGAAUUGGGCAGGAGCCAUUUGGAUUUUCUGCUUCUGACACCACAGCUGUCUUGAGCUGCCUUUGAUCAGAAAGCAUAAUUUCCCUGCCUUUAUUGUUUUCUGUUUUCCAUUGUCCAUGCGAUAUACACAAAAGCCCAAAGCAUGUAGAUGUUUCUAAGACAUGUGAUGUGACCAGUUCCUGCAAGGUUUCACGCAAACAUUUGGUAGGAUGGAUUCUUCCCCACCUUCUCCUCCACCACCCGUCCACACAUACCCUUUUUUUGGUAGCAAAGAAUGUGUCACUUAAAUAUGGGCAAUGGCAGAAUAAAGAAUUGUUUGACACCAGCAGCUUUUCAGUGGGUGUAUUUUACUUCUGUACUUAUGUUCCCCACUACUUAAAACGUGUUUGCUUUGCAUGACUUGGCCUGUUGCAGGAAAUCUGUUUGUCACAAUAUGUGGAGGGUUUAAAAUAACUGAGUAUGCCAUCAAUAUUAUAGAUAUAUAAUUAGUUUUAAAAUUAAAACAUUUGUUUCAAGUGUGGCUGCGGUGCAUAUGGAGAAGCAACAAUCAAAUACACUAGGUAGCCUUACAGACCAGACAUAAUUGUGUAGAAAUGAUGUAGGACAAGGAAGUUGUGUUUGUGGCUUUAUUGGUAGUUAGAAUAAUUGCCCCUUUCCCUUUUUUUUCUAAGACAGAAAUCUCGUAAGACCUAACGUUGCUAGGCUUCUAACUAGGGAUAGAUGGAUCCCAAUUUGGUUCCCAGCUGAAUGUGUGAAUUGGCCAGGCUGGUCAGGCAUCUAUAAGCUAAUUUAGGCCCUUCCAGGUGCAGCUUUAAAACUAUGUUGUGAAACAGGAAGCAUUCCAGCAAUGCCAGCAAGCCAUCCAGUUUUAUGUUCUAACUAGCUGACCUGGCCACGAGUUGCUGUGGGUCAUCCCUGUGAUUCCCCCCACACUGUCCCGAUCCAUGACGUAUCCCACCCCUCCUCCCUCCAACCCUCAUCCCUGUGUUUCGGUAGGACACCCUUCCGUUUUCCCCGGGAGUAUUGUCCCCUCCCCCCUGUAUCUCCAUACAUUGGCCCCUGCACACACAUCAUGAACAUUUUUAUAUAUUUAGAUUAAAAAAAAUUGAAAUAAGAACAUGAGAAGCAGAAGUUAUUAUUGUUUAAUUUUAAUUUUGGGGUUGUCAUUUAUUUUGGUGGGUAUUGUAUAGUUUGGGCGUUGUUGUGUGUUUUGGUUUGUGUGUGUCUGUGUGUGUGUUUUGUUAUUUGGAUUUUGUUAUUUGGAUUUGUUAUUUGGCAGGGGCCUACAUAAAACAAAGGCCGUGCUGCGACCUGCGAUCCAGGCGCUCGCC